CUCAAUUUCUCGUCUCAGCUUUGCCUCACUCCCAAUCUCAAAUCUCACUUCAUCUCUUCUCUGCCAUCACUGCAGUCACUCACUUUCCCUCUCUUCUCUUCCAUUGCUGCCUUCGUGGCUGCCCUCACCGCCUUGCUGCUUUCGCCAUUACCGUCCUCCCUCACUACCUUAUUCCCGCUCUCUGCUGAGUAGCAUCAUAGAUGGAUCGAGAAUGGGGUUCCAAGCCAGGGAGCGGCGGCGCCGCCUCCGCUCAGAACGAAGCCAUCGACCGCCGCGAGCGUCUCCGGCGGCUUGCCCUUGAGACCAUUGAUCUCGCCAAGGAUCCUUAUUUCAUGCGCAAUCACCUCGGAAGCUACGAAUGCAAGCUUUGCUUGACUUUGCACAAUAAUGAAGGGAACUACUUGGCCCAUACGCAGGGGAAACGACAUCAAACCAAUUUGGCGAAGCGUGCUGCUCGUGAAGCUAAAGAUGCUCCAGCUCAACCUCAACCUCACAAGCGCAAAGUUUCCGUUCGCAAAACAGUCAAGAUUGGUCGACCUGGAUAUCGAGUGACAAAGCAAUAUGAUCCAGAAACAAAACAACGAUCUCUGCUUUUCCAGAUUGAAUAUCCUGAGAUUGAAGACCUAACAAAGCCAAGGCACCGAUUUAUGUCUUCUUAUGAGCAGAGGGUGCAACCAUUUGAUAAAAGAUAUCAAUAUCUUUUAUUUGCGGCUGAACCAUAUGAAAUCAUUGCUUUCAAGGUCCCUAGCACGGAGAUUGAUAAGUCUACACCAAAAUUUUUCUCACACUGGGACCCAGAUUCAAAGAUGUUCACGCUACAAUUGUAUUUUAAAUCCAAGCCACCAGAGGCAAACAAACCACAGCCCCCAUCUACAGCCAAUGGUACAGCAGCACCUGGUGUUCCACCAAGGCCCAUGCCCCCGCCACCUCAAGCUCCACCACCACCUCCUCCUCCUCCACAGGGGCUACCUCCUGGUGCACCUAUUGGAAAUCCUCCUAGAGCCCCUCCACCUCCAAUGCCAGGAUCAUUGCCACCCCCUCCUCCUAUGGCAAAUGGUCCCAGACCUGCACCUCCUGGUGGAAUGCCAUCUAUCCCGCCCCCUCCCCCAGUUGGCAGUGGCACAUCAGGAGGUUUCAACAUGGGUUCUAGACCGCCGUCAAUGCCACCUCCACCCCAAGGUUUCCCAUCCCAACAAAUGCAGAAUCAGGGUGUCCGGAUGCCUCCACCUCCCCCUAACAUGGGACAGUAGAUCAAGCCUAGAGGCAGUAUGCUUAUCAUUUGAAUUGUUCAACAAUUUGUUCGAUGACCAUAGAUGUUGAUAUUGGAGUCAGUCUUAGUAGCUGGACUCCAAAUUAACGAGGCAUUGUUCAUUGUCUAUUUGAGUUUACAAAUCUAGAAGUCUUUGUACUGCUAAGCCAUAUGGUGGUUGGUUUUGUGCCUGGUUGGUAUUGGCCAUAUAAUGUACCGCUAACAUAGAUUCAUAAAUCGCUUAUGGUCGGAGUUUUUUAUCGGUUUGAAUUGCAAUAGUAGUAUUGGCCAUGCUUUUGAUGGUAUCACCUUUCAUGUAAUUUUGUAAAACGAGAACAUUUAAAUUACCUGUAAGUAAUAUAUCUUGAAUGGAAGGCGAUAGUCAGCAUUUUGUGUGACUAUGUAUUGAUA